CUAAAUUAACAUAUACAUAAAAGUGUUCAUGUCAUUAAUUUUAGGUCUUGUACAUAGUCUGAGACAGUUAAAUGUGCCAAAAAUUAACGAAAACAACUUUAUCGUUAAUUCGAUGAUGUCCCGUUAUUAAUUAUUUAACGUUUUUCGAAUAAGGAUUCCCAAAGAGAUGCGAUUAUGUUCGAUAAAAAGCUACAGAAUUAUGCAAAAAAAUAAUUCGUUUGCCGAAAAAGACAGUAUAUCUUCAAAUUUUACUCGCGAAACGGACUACGGAAAUGGUUUAAUAAAUAGAUGUACCCAAACAAAUUUUAAUUCGUACGUGAACCUUCAUUUUACAUCUCCUAAGAAAACUCAUAUCGUUAAGGAGCUUUGUACUCAAACUAGUAAGACUUCAGUACAAGUCGGAUCGUCGCACGAAAUAUUUAAUAGCGAAAUUAGAAAUUUAGAUAAAUUUGGCAACGGGGAUUAUCAAAAACAUAAAUCGAGACGUCAAUAUACUUGCGAUAAGGAACGAGGCGAUACAGUCAGCGAAAAUGGAUCGUUAUCACUAAUACCUUUCGAUAGAUCUUUCAACGUAAUCAAUUUUUUCCGCCGAGACGAACGUUCGAGUAGGGAGAAAAACAAACUUUUAUCCGGGACUGUUUUAACGCAAACUUUUUUGGAAAAGAAUCGCAACAAAUUGAAAAGUCAAAGUAUACCUUUCGUAUUGGAAAACCCCCCGGAAAAACCGUUCUUCAUCAACGAAAUAAACAAAAAAUCCGAAUCCAAACUCCAAAUUAAUAAUAAAACAGAUUUCAAAAUCGAUAGACUUACACAAACUAAUAAAAAAGCCAAAAGUUUAUCUUUCAUGUCGCCUACGAUAGCUAGCCAAAGUAAAAAUCAAAGUUUACAAAUUAAAUCUAUCGAAAAACUUAUCGUCCCCUCGAGACGAGCCAGAUCGAUCAGUCCAAGGUUGCAUCAUAAAUUAAUCAAAACUCGGGCGAGUUCGUCAAUCAACGUGCCGUUCAUAGAUAAAAGCGAAUCUUCCUUACGACCCGGACUCAAAAUACAUUCGUAUAAUGAUAUAGGUUCGAAAGGAGAAUUAUCUACGUCAUCGACGGAAACUGCUCUUUCUCAAGCGUUAUGGAAAUUACGAAAUCCCGAUUGGAAUAAAUCUCUACGAGGUUUAGCCGAUAUAAUAGAACUUUGUGAAUAUUUAGGACCGGAAUCGAUACGACCCCACAUGACCAUCAUCAAUCAGAGGUUAACGGAAUUGAUCAAAAGUCCGAGAUCCCAUGUCAGUAGAUCAUCUUGUCAAGCUGUCGGACAUAUAUUCAAAUAUAUAAAAGACACUCGAGGACCCGAAUUUAACGAAUUAAUAGACACGCUUCUCUGCAAAUGCGCAGAUUCCAGCAAAUUUAUCCGUCACGACGCGAAUUCCGCUCUCGAUUGUAUGGUUAUACAUAUACCGACGUUUCACGCGAUUCGAGCGCUGUGCGCUAAAGGACCCGAACAUAAAAAUCCCCUAGUUCGUACUGCUACGGCGAGAUUGAUCGUAUGCGCAACCAUUCUAGCGCAACCGCAAAAUAUACUCCAUCCGCAAAGCAACGAAUACACUAGGAGGCGAAUCAUUUUGUCUAUGGUGGGGUUUCUGGACGAUAGACAUUCGGAAGUUAGGAAGUAUGGCGAGAGGUUGUACAAGAUAUUGAGUAAAGAUCGAAUAUUCGAUUUCUAUCUUAACAAAUACCUAGAGAGAGAUGUCGUAUUCAAGAUGAAAAAGAUAAUAAAGAUGAACUAAAUUUAAAUAUUUUAUAUUAUUUUUUGUAUUAAAUUUAUUAAAUGUUAUUUAUUUUC